CCGUGCUGCUGGAGCUGGUGGUGCUACUGGCGCUGGAGGUCCUGCUGCUGCUGGAGCUACUGGGGGUUCUAGAGCCACUGGUCCCGGAGGUGCUCGUACUGGAGGUACUGGAGCUGCUAGGCCUGGUGGUGCUGCUGGAGCUGGAGCUGCUGGAGGUGCUGGAGCUGGCAGUGCUGCUGGAGCAGGUGGUGGUGGAGGUACUGGACCUGGCGCUACUGGAGCUGCUAGGGCUUCUGGUGGUCCUGCUGGAGCUGGAGCUGCUGGAGGUGCUAGAGCUAGAGGUGCUGCUGGAGCUGGUACUCCUGAGAGUGCUGGAGUUGGCGCUACUGGAGCUGCUAGAGGUGCUGCUGGAGCUGGUGGUGCUGCUGGAGUUGGAGCUGACGCUGGGGGUGCUGGUGCUGUCCCUGCUGGUUCUGGAGGCGCUGCGCGGCCGCGGCGGUACUUCCUCCGCUCCCUCAACAGGUUCUUGCCCGCCUCCCCACUGCCUGCUCCUUCUCCUUACACUGGUCCGACCGGAGGUCUUGCUGAGCGUCGUGAGCCUGCGUCUCGUCCUACGUCGCCUGUUCGUGCUGCUCGCACUAGUCGUCGUGGUUCAUGUCAGCGUCAUCCUCCUGUCCCUGACACGCACCAGAUGGCUCUGCGUCCUUCCACUGCUGCGCAGCGUGUCCCUCUGCCCUCUCCUCCUGCGUCCUCCCUUCCUGUCGGUCCGGACCCGGAGUCUCACUCCCUUCGUGCUGCUAGUCCUACUGUCACACGUCUCCUGGCUACUGUUGUCACUGACCCUUCCUUUGAGUCUACUGCUGCGCCUGCUCUUGUUGCUGAGCUUAUCGACUUUGCUUCUCGCUGUCAUCUAGACUACGCCGCUAGUCUUGUUGCUGAGUCUGAGUCUGUCUGUCCUCCGUCCGUCGGGGGUGAGUGUGCUCUAAGCACGGACGUCCUUGAGGACAGGCAGGAGGAGUUCCAGUGUUUUGCUGUUGCUUUACCUCAUCUCGUGUCCAUGCUUCUUGCCCCUAAGGGAGACCUGGAUGCACCAGACAUCUCGACCCCGCGCUCUUACGCAGAGGCGAUAGAGGGUCCCUACUCCUCUCAGUGGCAGACAGCCAUGGACGCAGAGAUGGCUUCCUGGAAGUCCACAGGCACCUACGUCGACGAGGUUCCCUAG